AUGGCUUUGCACACUCCCACGAGCAUCAUUGAUAAGGAGUUUGAGCACCUGAAGAAUAUGCGGGAGAACCGAUUGAACAAAGAAAUUAUGAAUUGCCUCGAUAAAUCACAAAACGAGAUCCAAACCAGGGGCAUAUUUAACCCCAGAGGCCCGUAUAAGAAGUCGCUGAUUCAUUACGCCGCGAUGGGAGACUGCACCGCGCUUCUUCAAAGCCUACUGGACGUCCGUGCUACCGUCGACGAUCUUGAUCAUAAUAAACGAACACCUCUCUCCUGGGCCGCAGAGUAUGGCUCGCUCGGCGCCACCAAAAUUCUCCUGAAGAAUAGUGCCAAAGUCAAUUCUCUGGAUGACAUGUAUUGCUCGCCGCUUACAUGGUUGAUCCAUGCUGGUAGUCCUCGCGAAGCUACCAGAUCAUACCUCAAAGAGAACAGGGCCAUUACGAAGGGUGCAAAACACGCAUGGAUACUUAAUAAAUUGCGAAUCCUCUGA